GGCGGCCAGACAUACCUUCCUCGGCCACCGUGCAGUGAAGGCCUCGGCCACACGAGCCUCUCUCUCUCCACCUGUAAGACCUGUGCAGCUGAUAUAAAAUAGAUAAAAAGUCAUAAGAGAAAACGGAGCGUCGGCCUUAUAGAACAAUUAGUGUGUGUUAGUGGGUUUGUACCGGUUCGCGCGCGUCUGUGUACUUGUGUUUGAGGACACUGAUCCGGCCGUGGACGCUCACGCCUCGCCGGCCACACACUCUCCAACUGCCUUAACCAGCAAGGCAACGACCCAACCACCCGUCCACCUGGCCAGAAUGACGGAGGUGAUGACCAUAUCGUCAGGCGGCGGGGUGAACCUGGGCACCUACACCUACACCUCGGCCCCUAGGAUCGUCGAGCACCCCAGGAGGAGCCCAAACAG